CCUUAGGGUUUCGUUCUAAUUACGCGGCCGCGCCACCGCGUUUUUGAGCAAUUACCAAAAUACCCUUCCCCCAUCCCCACAGUGAAACGAAAAAUCCACAAAAAUAAAGGUUAACCAGUUUCGAACCCAGGUCCACGGACUCAUAUGGGACAAACGGCUGACAUUUUGUCCAGUUGGGCUACUGGCCCAUUGUGCGUUAAUUUAACUAUCUCGUUUCUUUUUACUUAUUUAAAAUACUUAAUACGAAAUAUGAAAUGCGAAUUAAGUUAGUGUUGCUUCUUGUUGAGUACAUCGAAUUUCUUCUUAAUGAUUAAAAUUCUUGCAUUCAUAUUAUUAACAUCAUAAUAAUCUAAAUGAAGUUUUAUUAACAAAAAUUAUAAAACAAAAUUACGUUCAGUGGAACGUGGUAAAAGCUACAAUUAAAUUUUCAAAGUCCUAAUGAACUACGUGGACUUUGAUCCCGUCUAACGGGUACGUAGGCAACCGGUAAGGUUCGAGUCCAACUAACAAAUUAAUUAUAUCUUUUACGUCAGUGGACGUAUAAUUUAAUUACAACUAAUACGAUUUAGUUUCUUCAAUGGUCCAGUGAGACCCUAAAAUUACAAAAUAUUACUAAAAUACACCCAACUCGUACAAAAAACUUAUCGACUUAAGUAGUACCGAUUUAGGGCGUUGUGGGGUGUGAUUUCACUUCCCCACACGUAACCGUACUCCCGAACCCAGAACUUCAUUUCCGCAGAUCAUAUCUCGGUUCUGACCCUAAGGUUAGAGCCGAUUCGAAGAGUGUUCGAUCCACUCCAAGUAAGAUCGAUGGCGACUCCCAAAACAGCCGACGCGACGACGUACGGACCCCCCGGACGGGACGGUUGCGACAGUUGGCGACUCCGCUGGGGAACUUCGAGAGUCGAGCUACACUUAUUAAGUCGAUAAGUUUUCUUAUUUUCUUUUACGUGUUGGGUGUUUACUACUUAUUUGCGCAAUUAUAUUUUCGCAAAUUUAAAUUAUGCAUUCAUGCACAAAAGCUCUAUGCCCGAGCUAUCCCUUUAGAAAAUCGAAAGGAGUACCGUGACAUCCACAGUAGUGGUAGUCACGCAAAACUUUCCAACCAAGUUGAACUCGGAUCCGAGGAUGAUCUCGAGGUAUCCAGCCAGUUCGAAAGAGCUAGGGCGGGAUACAACUUGGGAGCCAAAUCCCUAGGAAUUCCUUAACCAGCAUAUAGUAAACUUCGAAGCUACCCCCGACCAUCCAAAACAAUCCCCAAAGACACCCUGAAACCGUGUCGUUACGCUGUUCGAAAGCCCUAUGUCUACCUAAUUAGGGUAAUGAUGUAAUGAUAUGUGUUUGCUUAUCCAGAUGUAUGUUUGAUUACGAUGUAAUGAUGUGCGUUUUAUCUUUUACUCGUAAAACUGUAUGAUUGCAUUAAUGAAAAACGUUUUGAAAAUUCAUAAACAUUGUUCUCUCAUAAGAUUUUCAUUCACCCAAAACAAUUUUAUCAUAAGAAGCUUAAAAAUGCAUGCAUGAGAUGAAAAAUGAUUUUGCAUUCAUACAUCAUUGCAUUUUUGCAUAAGCAUCAUGCAUAAAUAUAAAGAACAAAAUUAAUUUAACACUGUUGAGACAAAAUCAGGUUUCCUUAAAAUUGCUCGUCCACAAGGAAAAAGUCAGGACUUCAAGUACUUAACUAGAUCCAAGCUCGAGUUCGUCAUGGAAGCGUUCCAGAAAAAGUUAAGCGACAUUGAAGGAAAGAUAACCGGAUUCGAUGAAAAGCUAGCCGGGUUCGAUGAAAUGAAGGAUCAACUGAACAUGAUAGUAAAUAUCUUAUCAGCUAAAGGGAAAGGGGUAGUAUCUAACGAUGAAGAAAUACACUCUGAUGAAGAAGAUCGCGAUGGGAACAUGAAGGGUGAAGCUUCUAGUGCCAAGAUCCCCGUCAUACCCUCAAAAGACGUAUUUGAAAAGAAGAACAUGGGAUCUCCAAUACAUGAUCGAGAGGAAGACAAAUUGGAAGAAGCCAUGGACGACGUCCUAUUAAAAGAAAAAUGGGAAUACCUGGAUGAAAGGGUGAGAGCCAUUGAGGGGGUAGAAUCCUAUGGUUCUACAGAUGCCAAACAAUUGUGCCUAGUGCCAGACGUAAUAAUUCCCAAUAAAUUUAAAAUUUCAGAGUUUGAAAAGUAUGACGGUACCACGUGCCCCAGAAACCAUCUGAUCAUGUAUUGAAACAAAAUGGCUAACCACAUUAGAGACGACAAGCUCAUGAUACAUUGCUUCCAGAAUAGCCUAAGUGGUUCGGCGCUAAGAUGGUAUAUGCAACUCGAAAGAUCGAAGGUGAAGAGGUGGCAAGAUUUAGCUGAUCCGUUCAUAAGACAUUACAAGCACAACCAAGAUCUAGCUCCUGACCGAGAAGAUUUACGUAACAUGGAAAAGCAAGAAAAUGAAUCUUUCCGUGAAUAUGCACAGAGGUGGCGAGGAAAGGCCGCAGAUGUUCAACCCCCGUUGUCAGAAAAAGAAAUGGUUUCGACCUUCUUCGAAACACUAAAGCCUCCAUAUUACAACAGCAUGGUAGGAAUCACUACAACAAACUUUGCUGAUUUGUUAGUAAUUGGAAAACGAAUAGGGAAGGGGAUUAAGCUAGGAAAAUUGGAAAUCCCAGAAGCCUCUAAGAAACCGCACCAAUCCCGAAGGGGAGAAGCAGAAGUCCAUUAUACUCAAACAGAAUCAUCAAGAGGGAGAAGGUGGGAUCAUCUACCUCAGGCCAAUCAAGCGCGUCCCCAUGUUGCAAACCUUGCCAUAAUUAAUCAACAUCCAGUUUUUCAAACUCAACGAACGAUCCAAGGCCCGACACAAGUUGCACCACCAAAUAACCAAGACCAGAACAAUUCCGGGAAAUACAAAAAACCUUUCCAAAUCGACCCUAUCCCCAUUACAUACACUGAACUUCUCCCCCAACUAAUUCAGAGUCACCUAAUUUCCCCAAUACCAUGUGAACCAAUGAAACCUCCUUAUCCAAAUUGGUACAGGUCAGAUCAACACUGUGCUUACCACUCAGGAGUCGCGGGACACUCAACUGAAGAUUGUCGAAUGUUCAAGAUCAAAGUCCAACAAAUAAUGAAAGCUGGUUGGUUGAAGUUCGAAGAAGAGCCAAAACGUCCAGACGCCAACAAGAAUCCACUGCCAACUCACGAGAAUUAGUGGAUGAACUACAAGGCAAAGCUCGAUUCAAGGAUGAUGUUGAUCCUAUCUAAUAAAUGAACUAUCGAGAUAAUUUUCCAUAACAAAAUAUGUAUCACUUUUGCUUUCACCGUCAUGAAUAAAAGGUCUUUCGCGUUUCGACCUCUUUGGAGCAUCAAGUGAACAGUGUCAAUCUUAAUUUAAGAGUUCGCAUCAAUGAUUUUUUUCAAAAUAACAAAUGCCACUUCCGAUCUUAAGAAAAAACGAAUUUAUUU